GCUUGAUUAUAAAAAUCACAAUUUAAGUUACUACAAGUUGAAAAUUAUUCGCGAUGCGAAAAGUCAGUCUCGUGGCUGUGUAAUUUGAUGGAAUCACGUAGAAUUAAUUUUCUUUGUACCUAUGUGAAUUGUAAGAACUACAUAAAACGAGAUGACGACAUCAAGAUUAUUCUGUUCCAAAUCAGGGAUGGUCUUUGCCUUGGAAAUUAUUAUCAUAACUUGCUCAUCAGUAAUCUGUCAAGAUACAUUAGGAAUUUCAGUGAGCAUUGAAGAAAAGACGAUGGAUUGCUAUGAUGAAUUUGUUGAAUUUUGCCCGUUCACACAAGAAAGAAGUUCAACAAAAUGGUAUCGUUUAUCAGUGGAACAACUGAAAAAAAUACCCCAUAAUUCAUUAGAGCAAUUACAUAAAUACCAAGUUACGGAACCAUUCUUUGUAACAGGCAUUAUUCUUGAUCGUGAUAUGGGUAGUACACAUAUAAGCCUUAGAAUGCGCUUUCUAACAAUGGACGAUAUCGGAAUGUAUUCAUGCUUGCAUUGGUCAGAAAAAACAGGUAUAGAGGUGAUUCGCCGCAUUCAAUUACGAGUAAAAUGCGAAGGUGAUGAGAACAAAAAUCAUAUAAAACGGAAUGAGGAAGAAAUCCAGAAUGCCCGGGCACGGCCUUAUAUAUUGCUGAUGGUAGCUCACAUGUUAACAGAUCCAGACCGACACAAUCUACUGUUAUGCAGUAUGAUCAGAGGAUAUCCGGAACCAAAUAAUAUUAGUUAUAUUGAAAAUAAUAAAAAUCAUCCUAACUAUUUUACGGAUGAUUGGGGAAAUCCAUGUAUGAACAUUUCAAAACCCGAUUCAAAAAAGCUAUCAAAUUAUACUAACAUCAUAUGCAAUACAAAUGGGUGUAUUAAUGAUACUUUCAACAACGUAAACUUUACUGAAAAAGACACAGCUGAGCUGGAAAUACUUUCGCAUCAAAAUAUAUACAUAUGCUGUUAUUCUUCAUCAAUAAGUGGGAAUAAUUCACGAUGGGUACUCUAUGAGAAUGGAAAAGAAACGAUUGUCUCAGAAUCAAGAGUUGAUCGAAAAAGGCCAGUUUGUCAGAGUGUGAGACUUGCAGGCACAUAUAAAAAAGAAAGGCUGAUGGACACCGAAUGGCAGACGAUUUGUACAUACCAUGUGAAAAUCAUCGGUAAUGUCACAACGAUUAUACCAUCCACAACCACCCUUAAUCAUUUUUCAACCAACCAGACUUCAACCACAACUGAAAACAUUCUGGAAACACGGAAUGUGAAGUUCAACUCAUCCGCAAUCAUCCGCAAUAAUUUCUCAACCAACCAGGCUAUAACCACAACUGCAAAUAUUAUCUCUAAUGAUGAAACACGAAAUGUGAAAUUCAACUUAUCCACAAUCAUCUUCAAUAACUUUUCAACCAACCAGGCUACAACCACAACUGAAAAUAUUCUCGGCGCUGUUCCCUCCAAUUAUGGUGUUUCUACCGUCAAAAUACUGGUCACCAUAUUCAUAAUAAUAUCACUAUUCACAAUGAUAAUUGGUGCUGGUUUUUUCUGCAAAUACAAGAGGGAAAUGAAAAAACGAGAAACAGAAAUUGCAAACAUGACACGACUGGUGAAAAAGAUCAUUGUUCAAAAACAAAUCGACAUUGAUGAAAAUUCUGAAGAUAUUUUGAAUAUGCCAGUUGUUUCAAUUCAACAUUUGAAAAGCGAUCUAAUAACAAGUGGGAUGGUAACCAAUGCAGAGUAUGAAAUGGCAGUCGAUGAACGCUGGGAAUAUCCCCGACAAAACCUGCACAUUAUGCAUACUUUGGGUGAAGGCGAAUUUGGAAAGGUUGUUCAAGCUGAAGCAAGUAACAUUUUAGAACAAGUAAGCGGAAUUACAAUUGUGGCAGUGAAAAUGCUCAAAGACAACCAUACUGACUCAGAUAUGAUCGAUUUAGUAUCCGAAAUGGAGGUACUGAAACUACUCGGAAAUCACCCAAACAUCCUCCGACUCCUUGGCUGCUGUAGCCAAGGAGGACCCUUGCUUGUAAUCACAGAAUUCGCUCACAAUGGAAACCUGAAAAAUUUCCUACAAAAAUACCGUCAUCAAUCCACUAAACCUACAGAAAUCACUCUUUUGACUUAUGCUCGUCAAAUUGCUGAGGGCAUGACUUAUAUGGCUGCUAUGAAGUGCAUUCACCGAGAUUUAGCGGCUCGAAACAUUCUUGUAACAGCCGACCACAUGAUGAAAAUAGGUGAUUUUGGCCUCGCCAGAAAUAUCAGAAGUGCAGAAUACUACAGAAAAACCACACAAGGUAGACUUCCUAUAAAAUGGAUGGCACCUGAAACUUUAUUUGAUGACAAAUACUCAUUGAAAUCUGACGUGUGGUCGUAUGGAGUACUAUUAUGGGAAAUUGUAAGCUUUGGGCAGAAUCCAUACCCUUCCAUUAAAACCUUCGCCGGGGUGAUUCAAGUUUUAAACCAGAAUUGUCGGCUGGAGAAGCCCCAAAACACAUCAACAGAUGUGUACAAUUUGAUGCUGGAUUGUUGGGAAUAUGAAGCCAAACGGCGUCCAAAUUUCUCAACAAUUGUUGAACGCAUAACCGAGUUAUUGGAUAAUAUAGAGUCCGAUUAUUUAGAAAAUUCUGAUCAAUUUGAAUUAAGAAGCUUAAUUAAUACGACAGACUCCAUUGAAUAAUUUUUGUAUGAAAUUACCACAAACUUCAUUCACCCGUUAGAGUCUCACGAAAUUGGACUUUUCUCCAGCUAUUUCCAAUUGCUCCUGAAGGCUUUAUAAUCAACCUUGGCAACAGAAAAUUUGAUUUUAUGAUAAGUUCGAAUUUCCAAAUCGAUUGGUGUUGGUGAAUCACAAAUCCGAGGUGACAAGUUCAGAUUUUCAGAAACUGUAUCUUUUUGUGUAUAAAUUUUUUUUCGUUUAUAUAGGUACCUACCUAUUUAUAUUUGUUUAAAUAAAGUUAUAUGUAUUACCUUAUUUAUUUUUAGAAAUUUAUUCAUUUUGUUAUUAAUUUACGAAAUACUAAUGAUAUUUUCAUUUAUUUAUGUGUACUUAUAUAUGUAGUAAGUAAUCAAUUUCAACGUUGGAACUCUAGUUUAAUUUUAAAAAUUAUUUUUACAUAAAUUGAUUUAAUUUAUAGGCAAGUACAUACCUACUUAAAAUAGAAUCAUCAGAGAUUUUCUAUCAUAUUAAAUUGAAUUAAAAAUCGAGUAAAUUUAUAAAAUUUAUUGAAUUUAGGAGUCUGUAUCUACCUUAUAAUUUCUUACGGAAGAUUUUAGCACUUUUUAUAGGUAUUCUAAUG